UGCUGCUUCUUUGGAAGUCUAUUUAACGUGAUGGUAAUUCAAAAUGUCCCGUGAAAGAAAGGCUUGUCGGGCCCUAACAAAGGGGUGAAGUUGGGUGAAAUGGAAGAAAAUGGCACUUAUUUUCAAAUUCCAGUGGAGCAGUGUGACAAAGUACCUGAAGAAACCCCUAGCCCAGCUCACACAGAGAGAACCGCGGAUGCGGAGAGCAAUCUCUGGGAAGCUGUGAAGACCUCCGUGGAAUCUGCCCCUGAUGAUGACAGAACUGUGAUGUGAUGCAUUUCUUCUUGUGGACAACCCCUGCAGCUGACCAACUCAACCUCCCAUCCAUUGACCUGUUUGUAGGUGCAUUUAAAAGGUUCCAGAGCAAGACCAUGAUCUAGCAGCAGCACCGUAGGACAAGUCCUCUCAUGGAGAAAACCUCGCAGAAAAGAUUUCUGGAAGCAUCAUCUUCAGAGAGACGUGGCAGGACAAGAUUGGAUGCUGUUAGUAGAAAAUACAUGAGAAAAAAGAGAUAGAGAAGCAAUGAGGGUAUAAGCUGGAGACACCUGAGGAAACUCUGAAGGCACUGAAAAAUUACAGUCCCUUGUUUGGAAUACGCGUAAUGAACCCUUUCUGGAGCAUGUCUACGAGCUCUGUACGCAAGAGACCUGAAGCUGAAGAGAAAACGCUGGCUGGAGAACUAAGAACGAGUCCUCCUCGAGCCUCUGCAAAGAAACAGUUGCCUUCUAUUCCCAAAAAUGCUGUGCCAAUAACCAAGCCUGCGUCCCCUGCCCCUUCCUCCCAGUCGACAAAUGGAACACAUGCUUCGUAUGGACCUUUUUAUUUGGAGUAUUCUCUGCUCGCAGAAUUUACCCUGGUUGUAAAGCAGAAGUUGCCGGGUGUCUAUGUGCAGCCAUCUUACCAGUCAGCAAUAAUGUGGUUUGGAGUAAUCUUCAUAAGGCAUGGGCUGUACCAGGAUGGUGUGUUUAAGUUUACUGUCUAUAUUCCUGAUAAUUAUCCAGAUGGAGACUGCCCGCGCUUGGUUUUUGAUCUGCCUGUCUUCCAUCCGCUAGUAGAUCCUGUGUCUGGUGAACUGGAUGUGAAAAGAGCAUUUGCAAAGUGGAGGCGGAAUCAUAAUCACAUAUGGCAAGUUCUAAUGUAUGCUCGCAGAGUCUUCUACAAGAUUGAUACGACGAGUCCCCUGAAUCCUGAGGCUGCAGUGCUGUAUGAGAAAGAUAUUCAGCUGUUCAAAAAUAAAGUGGUGGACAGUGUCAGACUAUGCAGCAGUCACUUAUUUGAUCAGCCUAAAAUAGAGGAUCCCUAUGCAAUCAUAUUUUCUCCAUGGAAUCCAGCAAUCCACGAUGAAGCUAGAGAGAAGAUGUUGAGUCAAAAGAAGAAGCCAGAAGAUCAGCACUGCAAAAGCUCCCACGUCUCUGGCCUGUCGUGGGUAAAGCCGGGCUCAGUGCAGCCUUUCAGCAAAGAAGAGAAGACGAUGCCCACCUAGCUCCCCGGCCGUGUGCUCGGAGCGCUCGCCCGGGGUGCAGGGAAAGCAACGGAGGGAGAAACAGCCAAGCAGCAGUUUCCUUCUUGACUAUGGAUUAGUAAAAACUGAACGGUAGCAGUGACUCCAGUAAAGCUGCUCGAUGGAUUACUGACUCUUAAUGUUUUACAUAUGCAUUAGGUUUUAAAGGCUUGCCUGGAGUUUGGAAGUAUCUCUGAACACUACAGUACUUCUGCUUGGAGGCUGUCUAGGGUGGGUAAUUCCUCAGGGCUCUGAAUCGCCUGGAGGUUUUGGGUUGGUUUUUAAGCUUUUAUUUUUCCCUCCAGGAGUAGCUUUUUUUUUUGAAUCUUAAAUUGCUGGCAGAAAUAUUAGCAGGAAAUAUGAUGCCAGAGGUAAGCUGUGUUCAUGUAAACUAAUAUAGCAGAGUUAAACACUAUAUUUAAUGGUUUUAAAUACUUUGGUUUCUAUUGUAAAUAUAUUAGGAUUUGAAAUUGUAAAUAGCUGGUUCAAUUGCUCCAUUUAGCACUUUCCAGAGGUAAAGCUGAGGUUGAUACUCAGUGUAUGAUGUAUUAUUGAUUUGUAAAUGGAUAUUGUCACUAAAGCGCACAUUAGUCUGACAAGGUGAGAGCAGCGUCAGCCUUGUUGGACUUGGAUUACAUAAACACUAAAAUGAGAAUUUUUAAUGGUGGUCUCUUGAGCUAAUAAAAUCUUAGAGGGUUUUAGAUUCCCUAGGUGUCUAUGCUGCAGGGUUUACUAGGCUAGCUUGACUAAUG